UCCCUCUUGUACAACGCUGUGCUUGGUUCACACGUCGGAGGGUCUAGUAAUGGACGAGUAUCAGACGGAAGAAGAGACUGCAUUCGUCGUUGAAGAAGUGACAAAAAUCAUUAAAGAGUCGGUGGAAGCAGCCAUAGGAGGAAAUGCCUACCAGCACAACAGAGUAAACCACUGGACCACCAGUGUGGUGGAGCAGUGCCUCAGUCAACUCAGCAAACUCGGGAAGCCUUUCAAAUAUAUAGUAACCUGUAUCAUCAUGCAAAAAAAUGGAGCAGGUCUGCAAACAGCUAGCACGUGCUUCUGGGACAACUCUACUGAUGGAAGCUGUGCGGUAAGAUGGGAGAACAAGUCCAUGUACUGUAUCGUCAGUGUUUUUGGGCUGGCCAUCUGAACCCACGACAAUGCACCUGAAGUGUUUGAAAUUUGUAGGAUGUUGUGUAUUUUUCUAAAUCAGCAUGUUAUGUUUGGUCAUGCUGGCUAUAUUUGAAUACACUGUUAUAUUUUUGGAAUAAGUGCUAACUGAUUAAAACAAUACUGUGCUGUG